UGUUGUUUUCCUUUUUGCUUGCUUGUUUCCCUUUCUCUGUCCGCAGCCAGAGUUUUCCAAAUCGAGAGGCCAUCAGCCGCAGAGCUAGACGAGCUUUCGUUCGGGAACUGUGAAGAAGUGCGUUGGUUAAUAUUUUCUUUUGCGUACGAUCGACGGAAUCCAUCAUCAUCCAGAACAGGAAACAAGCGACGUUUUUCGCCUCGGAGUUUUGGAGUUUCAGUCGUCGAGGGCGCUGGGGAAAAAAUAAUUAGGUACUGAUCGUCGCGAUUCGCGUUUCGUUGUCCCUCUGAUAGUGGAAGUGAAGUUUUUGUCGUGAAAUCCGCAGAUUUUUCCAGUUGCUGUAAGGUGAACACUUUUCCUGGAGUCGCAAAAUAAAAUAAAAAUUGGUAGCCUCGACUUGUCUGUCGGCUUUGCGUUUCAAGUGCUAGUUUGGUGACUUUGUAAUAAUCUGAGGGAGUUUUGGGGAAGUAACUGUUGUUGGAAGUUUCAGUUCGGUCGGAAGUGCAGUGCAGAAAAAUCGUCCUCUGGCAUUUGUGUAGUCUCUUUUUUCCUCGAAACUACUCUUGCCAGCAGCAGCAGAAAGAAGCACCAGCAGAAAAGAUUCCUGAUAAACGGCGAUAGAACUCACAGUGCAGUUACAAUAUCCAGAUCAUCGUGAAAUUUAGUCGCAGAACACUGUAUUUGGAGAAGAAAUAAAUUCAUAAACUGUUUCAACCGUGCCGUUUGCAGAAAACGAACAGAGAUAAAGUUUAACGUGAAGAUAAGAAAAUAUCAUCGUAAGACAGUGAAGAAAUAAAAGAAGAAAAGAGUAGAUCAAAGUUGAAAAAAGUAAUAAUAGUGAAAUAUUAGACGGAAGAAUAAAAAAGUAAUCAAAAAAGUGCGAGCUGUUGUUGUUGUCUCGUAGAUGAAGAGUAAGUUCGUUUCCAUUUAUUCAAGCAAAAAUAACAACAACGAAGCCAAAUAGCAAGAAAGCUAGAAAGAAGAGUUCCGUAUAUAGUUACGACGAGAGCCGCGAGUAUUGAUUCCCGUUUGUGCGUACGUAUAUUCCAUUCGAUCGAUUGAAAGAUACGUGAAGUUGCGUUCCUCCGAAGAGCCCCGUCAAGAAGAUUGAUCUCUCUACCCGGCAAUCAGUCGAUUGAUUUGCUACUGCUGCGGUUUUUCAUUUCGCGAUUCGUCGUUCCAAGCCAGAUUGUGCGUACGUAAACGGGUUGCGUGUUCGUCGCCGCGAGUGAUCUCUCGGUGUGUGCGUGUUUCGCGGUCCGAUCUAGUGUAGUGGUCAGUGUCAGUGAAUAUUAGAGCCACCGGAUUCACCGGUCAACGGAACGCAGAUUCGACGCCUGCCGUGCGAAGCAUCCAGAAAGUAGAGGCUAGGCCACCAUCUAGGGACAUCUCUUGUGCUGUCUGCUGUACGGAUAGUACUAGUGGGAGGCGAACGUCGGCGAAGAUUGACAACAGCGGAAAGGGGGCUGUCCAUUUUAAGAGCGAAACAACGAUGGUAUCCACUCGUCAGAUGACCGGUGCCACGACGGAAGAAAGCCUUCUCUACCUGUUUCGCUCUUCAUCAGUCGCCAACGCCAACAGCAGCAGCAGCAGCAAUUCCAGCCAGCCUUCCUCGUCGAACCGAUCCACCGCCACACAGAGCCAUCAUCACAAUGGCGUUAGUGUCACAAAUGUCGCUAGCAGCAGUAGCAGCGGGCUGGCAGUGGUACCGGUGGCGCUCAAUUCUCUCCAGCACAUGCCACCGGAGGACGGAAGUCUGAACCUGCUGGAUCUGCCCGUCGAAAUCCUUGGUCACAUUUUCUCCUACGUGGGAUACAAGAAAGUGUCGCAGAUGCGAGUGAUAUCACAUCAGAUGAACCAAGUGUGUAGUUCUAUAUUGAACUCCACCUUCCAGAAGCUACAGACACAGAUGCUGAAUCGUUUUCAGAUCGUGAAAGCAAAAAUGCCACGCAGAGAAUCAGCUCGUCGAAAUCACCCGCUGGCCUGCGAGUGCGACAUUCUGGAAACAUGUUCGAUGCGUCUAUCACUGCUGCAGAUGACAUUCGGCAAACAUAUCGAGCGGAAGCACUGUUGCUUCUUUCCUGGCGGGAUCCUAGAUGAAGUGUAUUCGGUGCUAAAUUAUAUCCGGAGUACACCGACGCUGGCCCGACCCUUCAAGGUGACCGACGAGCUGUUUGACCUGUCGACAAUGGCCAUGGAGUACUUCAGGGAGCACCUGGAACCAAACUUACCUGAUAUAGCAUGCUUUAGCAAGGAUUACACAUCUAGUACAAAACCGUUUACGACCCUGGAGGCAUCGUCCUCCAUCCUAUCGCGGGACACAUCACACUCGAGCUCGUCCUCGCCGCCCCAGAGCAACAUGGUGCUCCGGAAGGGUAUACGCAAAAUCAAACAGGGAAUGAAGAGAUACAAUAAUCAAUUAUCGGUGUUACGGAGUGAGCUGCGUACCUGCAAGCGGAAGGCAACCGAGCAGGCGAAACAAAUUGCCGAGCAGCAGAAACUGCUGGCGGAACAGCAGAAGCAAACACUCGACUAUGCAAAUCGGCUCGACGAGAACGACAAAAAGAACGAGGAGAUAUCGAGGAAGUUUUCCACCCUGUUACAGGAACUGAACAAGUGCAAAACCGAACUGCAAUACUGGCGAUCCAAGAGUCCAGCAACGCCCAACUGCAAUGCCUGUGGUCAAGCCAUAGUUGCCAUGCCGCCAGAAGACCUGCAAGCUCUGGUCAACCAAGGCGUUCGGCCGGAGGAAGUAGGCCUCCCCGUAAUUGGAGAGGAACCAGUAGAUCACCAGGCUGACAUCGACAACGCCAUGCUAGAUCUGGACGCUCAACCGAUGUCUCCGCUACCUCCGGCGGUGGCAGCAGCAGUUAUUGGUUCACCCAGGAGCCAAAAACGAAAAUAUGAAUGCGUCGAAAGUGCCAGCGACGAUGCCCCCUCGGCUGGUUCGUCUUCCACCAGUGGAAGUGAACCGGCUUCCGGAUCAUCAUCUCCGUUAAACCCACUAUUUGCUUCGGCACCUUUGGCUUCUAUUGUGGCAUCAUAUUCAUCGUCAGUGACGGCUGGACCGUCAUCAAUGUCCCCACCCCAUUCUUCUUCAUUCACAUCGGUGGCCUCGGCGCCAUCAACGUCGGCUGUGUUAUCCCUAUUGGUACCCCCUAACUGUUCCUCUCCACCUCAUUCUUCCCAGGCUAACAUGCUUUCCCCACAAGCUUCAGUGGCUUCAUCAUCCGUUUCCUCCAAUCUGAGUGCCACUGCUGGUUGCAGCAGCGGUCCCAAUAGUAGUGAUAGUGUUAAUCAUAAGAAACUACGAAGAGUACAAAAUAAAGCUAGAUCACAAAAUAAUCACAAUAAUAGCGCUAAUGUGACUAACACAAACACAAAGGCAACUAGAAGUAAGCAGUCGGAGAAAUAAAUCCACCCGAAAGAUUGAUCUGAACUAUCUAACAACAGUAGUAGAUAUGAUUUGAACUAGCAGACUAUAUAUAAAUGUAGAACAAACACAAACCAAUUCCUUUCCCUUUGUACGGGAUAAACACAAAUUCGAAUGACAAUUUUAAGUUAAUUUUUUUAUAGAUCUAGUUAGUUCAAUUCGCUUUAGUAUCUCAUUUUAUUUCAAAAUGUAUUGUUUCUCCAGAACGUCUCCUUCCUUCGUAUUUGUUUCAAUUUACGUACUAAUUAAUCCUUCAUUAUUUGGUAUUUUAAAUAUUUUUCAUUUUUCUGUACAACACUUUCAAAACCUGUCUUUAAAUUCUACACAAACACGGAUAUACUAUUUACCAUGUGUUAAUUCUUUGUCUGAACAGGAUAGAUAUCUGAAAAAUAGAUCGUUGUCUCAAUGUACCAAUAGUUUAUAUUAUAUUACCACAACCAAUAUCAGUAGAGUUGAGUGCAGGAAAACUACGUUCCACCAACUUUCUCUCAAGAUGUCACCUACACCAAACGAACGAAAAUAAACAAAAGGACCCAUCCUUAUAAACAAUAACACGGAAAACAGAUUUAUCUUUUGCUUUGUGCAAUUAUCAAUCAACAUCCACCCAGCAUAUUUGUGUCGCAAUAUAUAAUAAUCAAAACAGAAACAAGCAGCCAGAAACAAUAACACACAGUGUAAAACAAUAGCCCUAACAAUAGUAGUAAAAUGUAAAUCAGUCACCAACAGAACAUAACAGUUAUACACACCAGCACACCACAUACACAACCGGCAACGCAAACAGAGAAGAGUGAUCAGAUCAUGCAAGAAGGUGUCAGGAUGAUGUCGGCGGAAUCCUAUUAUGUUUCGCAGCUUGAUUUAAUGCAAAGUAUACAGCGGUUUUUAUCACAUGAUUGAUUGUGUUCCUGUUUAAGAUGCAUGAAACAUUUGACAUGUUAAAAUUUCGCAAUGCAACGUUUUAGUUUCUUUUCAAUAAUGUAUUCCCGUUUCCUACAGUGUUCAAGAGAUGUACUUAGUAUGUGUUCCAAUGUUGGUUUUCCAAACU